AGCAGUAACACAUUGGUAGAACGAGCGUGCUAGAAAGCUUAGCAGCAACGCAUCGAACAAAACAGCAAUUGCACUGAGGACGGAACUGUAAACCUGCCAAAAUGCACACCAGUUUGCUGCUAACAUUCAGCGCCUUACUCGCAGUUGCUACUCUUACUAAUUAUUGUCAGUGUAACGACAGUCCAGGGUUCUUUCUGAAGAUCACCAAAAAUGUGCCACGUCUAGGGCGGCGUUCAGACAGUUAUUUCUUGAAGAAUAUGAAGGCAAUACCACGGAUUGGGCGCCGGGAUGAUGAGGUUCUUGAUGUGACCGGCAAUUUACAGCCAGUGCUGAAACGUAUGCUCAUGAAUCCAGCCGAUGCAGCUGCUGCCGCCGAACGCGAAUACAGUUUGGUGCAACCGGUCACUUCGAAUACGCUCAUCGAAAUGCUAAAUAAGAAUGCGAUUGCUUCGGAUAGUAUCAAAUUUAUACAUUGGAAAGAUUUUGAUCGCGCGCUACAAAUGGAUACCGAGCUGUAUGCAAAGCUCAUCUCUUUGGGUCGUAAGCCGGAUCAGAGGCUUAAGGAGGAUCUUCAUAUUGAUAUGACAGGUGGCGUAUUUACACCGCUUCUAACCAACUCGAAUAGCAAUGAUUAUAUAUAUUACAACAACAAAGAUGUCGACGACAUGUAUGCGCCCAAGUAUGGUGGAGACUUUUCGCGUUACAAUCAAUUGAUUUAGGAACUCGGAAGUGUUCCUGAAAUGUAGGUAACGGAAAGUGCACAUGAGUAUUAUUAAGUGAAUUACAGCAAUAAGUUUAACUGUCUAACGGGUGUUUCUAGUCAGAAGAUUAGAUUGAUAAGAGCAAAUAUAAUACAAUCGAACAACAAAACAAACACAAGUGAAUUCGGUUUAGAAACCAAUAACAAAAACCAAAGACCAUUUCCACUUAUUAUUGAAAAAAAGUUUGUGUUUAUGCAUGUACAGUAAAACUGCAAUGUACCUCUAAGCGAAGCUAUCUUAACAUGUAAAGAAUGGGGCUUGGGAUAAUGAAAAUUGGUGCGGUAUUAAAUUUAAUCAUUGCGAUUAUUUUUAAUAAAACUGAAAUUCAAGCUUUCAAUUUCGUCGCUAGUCCUUGCAGGCAAGCGUUUUUCCA